AUGAACGAGUUCGAAGAGCUCGCGACGGAAAAGUCCAAGGAGAAGCACAAGAGAGAAAAAAAAUUGAAGAAGGAGAAGAAGACGAAACGUGAGCGAGAAGAGGACGACGGCGCCGACGGCGAAGAUGAAAGAAGAAAGAAACGAAAAGAGAAGAAGAGAGAUAAAAACGAUGAUGAUAAAAAGACAAACAACAACGACAAGAAGAACGGGGAAAUGCACACGUUGUUUUUCGGUCAAAUGCCGUUCGAUACGAAAGCGAAGGAUAUCGCGCCGUGGUUGAAAGCGAACUUGAACAGACAAGGAUGUGGACGAGAUGUUGGGCAAAUUCGAAUGGCUGGAGGCGACGGCGAAGGGACGCCGGGGAAGCAGAAAAAGUUUAAAGGGUUUGCGUUCGUGGAUUUUACCACCGCGAAAGCGGCGAAGAAAGCGAUGAAGUUGCACGAUACUCUGUUCAGAGGCAGACCGGUGACGGUGGAGAGAUGCGAACGUAAGACGUAUCAAGAACCGAAGUCGGUGAGACGCGCGAAAAAGGAGGAAGGGAAAGAAGUGAACACGAAAGAGGAAGGGAAAACGAAAAGAGAAGGAUUGAAAGUGUUGACUGCACCAGAUGAUGUGGAGGUGGUGAUUAAGCACGCGUGCGAGAAUAGCGAAGGGACGUUGAGGGAGAGCGAUUUCGACGAUCGAUUGAAGUCGUUUUUGGGUUUGCUUCCGAGAGACGUGUGCGAGAAAGCGGCGAACGAAAUUCGCAAGUUCACGACGAAUAAGAAUAAGAAAGAGGUUAAGAAUAAAGGAGCGUUUUAUAUGGGGAUUGUGAGGAAGAUUUCAAACGCGUGUUGGCAGAAAAAAGCGGCGAAGGAUAGCAUGGAAGAAAAGAUAGAAUAG